CCCCUUUGAAGUGGGCCCUUUCGUCUUGGAGUUCCUGGAUCUUCUCACUCCCAUCAUGAAUACCUCUCAUUUCCUGGCCUCCCUCUUCCCAGGAUCCCUACAGGAUAAGAAUGGGACCAAUCCAUUGUAUUUCCUCUACAACUUCUCUGAUGGCUGCCAGGAUUCUGUAGACCUGUUGGCCUUCAUCAUCACCACCUACAGCAUCGAGACCAUCUUGGGGGUCCUGGGAAACCUCUGCUUGAUAUAUGUGACCACAAGGCAAAAGGAAAAGUCCAAUGUGACCAACCUACUCAUUGCCAACCUGGCCUUCUCUGACUUCCUCAUGUGCCUCAUCUGCCAGCCACUCACAGUCACCUACACCAUCAUGGACUACUGGAUCUUUGGCGAAGCCCUUUGCAAGAUGUUAACCUUCAUCCAGUGUAUGUCGGUGACCGUCUCCAUCCUCUCACUGGUCCUCGUGGCUCUGGAGAGGCACCAGCUCAUCAUCAACCCAACAGGCUGGAAGCCCAGUAUUUUCCAGGCCUACCUGGGGAUUGUGGUCAUCUGGUUCAUUUCUUGCUUCCUCUCCUUACCCUUCCUGGUCAACAGCAUCCUGAAUGACCUCUUCCACCACAACCACUCUAAGGCUGUGGAGUUUCUGGAGGACAAGGUAGUCUGCUUUGUAUCCUGGUCCUCAGACCACCACCGUCUCAUCUAUUCCACCUUUCUGCUGCUCUCUCAGUACUGUAUCCCUCUGCUCUUCAUCCUGGUCUGCUAUGUACGCAUCUACCAGCGCCUGCGGAGGCAACGACUUGCGUUCCACAAGGAUGCUUGCAGAUCACGAAUAGGGCAGAUGAAGAGGAUAAAUGGCAUGCUCAUGGCAAUGGUGGCAGCCUUCGCAGUUCUCUGGCUGCCUCUGCAUGUGUUCAACACGCUGGAGGACUGGUACCAGGAGGCCAUCCCUGCUUGCUACGGCAACCUCAUCUUCUUGCUAUGUCACCUGUUCGCCAUGGCUUCCACCUGUGUCAACCCUUUCAUCUAUGGCUUUCUCAACACCAACUUCAAGAAGGAUGUCAAGGGUCUGGUGCUGACAUGCCGUUGCAGGUCACCCCAAGGGGAGUCUGAGCAUCUUCCCCUGUCCACUGUGCAUACGGACCUCUCCAAAGGAUCUCUGAGGCUGGGUAGCAAAUCUAACUUUAUAUAGUCAUGUCUAGGCUUUCCCCUAUUAUUUUCUUGUGGCAGACCCUUUCCCUUGGCUAAGUAGACACAUUAUAAGCUGGAGGUAGCAUCCUGUUGUUUCUG